AUGGCCCCAGGGCAGGGUCUGGAGUGUGCUGUGCCCACGCAGCAGCGUGGCGUGCAGGGGCUUUGGCGGGAUGUUGGCAUGAAGGUCACCGAUGGUUGGAGGGCGGGGCUGACGCCCCCCAGCAGGGCAGAGCAUGGGUUUGGCGGGUGCCCGCAGUGCCAGGGCAGGCCAUGGUGCCCCCACACUGGGGACAAUUCCAGAAGAGCCCUCAAUGGGCCACCCCGAGGUGGGGACACAUUGGGGCAUCCACCUUCCUCCUCACCCCCUCUUCCCCCCGCAGCGGCCGGCGGCGGGGCACUUGCCCACCAGCAGGACGCCGACUACCUCUUCAGCAGCAACGCUGCCCACCCGGACACCCGCAGGAUACAUGAGAGCCUCAAUUACUUGGAGGGCAGAGCUACGGUCUUUCACUCCUGUUACCUCUCUGCAUGGGCAAAUGCCGGCACGGGAGCGAAGCCAUCAGUGAUUCUGGGCCACUUCAUCCUGCCACCCGCCUGCCUGCAAGAAGAAAUCAGAAGGAAAAUCGGUCAUUUUACCUGGGAGCAGGUGGAUGAUUCACUUGCAGGGCAGCCCAAUGAAAACCUGACAGACAAACUGGAGACGGCAAGAAAAGGCUGUGAGGAAGAAGAGGAGGAGGAGGAUGCACUAGACCUGGCCAAAAGCAGUGAAGAAGACACAGGAUCCGGAGCACCUGCCCAGGGGGAAUUUCCAUACCGCGCCCUCCAGGAGUACCCGAUGAGUAACAUGGUGACAGGCUACGCCUCUGCUCGCGACAUGAGGAAAUACGUCGGAGAGCUCCGCGAUUUCAUUCCCGGCACCUCAGGCUACACGGUGUAUUGGAUUCAGAACGAAAUUAACAUUUACUCAGAUGUGAAGACUAAAAUGAAGAGAAAAUUCUAAGGAAUGGGCAGCUGUUUGCUUCGAAAACUUCACUGCCAGAGCGUUGCUGGUUGCCUUUGGGAAUUCAGUCCCGUAGUCGGGUGCUGGGAUUCCUCCUUGCUUGCGUUUUUCUGCGGAUCAAUGUUAUUUUGAUGUUACUUUACCCGUCGGUCUGCGUUCUGUGUUUUAGUUGAAUAGCCAAGAGAUUGGUGGCAUCAAGCUGCAAAUUCUGAGUUAAAUCUCUGCAGCACUCAGGAUUUAGAAACAAUCCCUGCUCGGUUUAUCCCGACUGCAGCUCCACACAUUAAAUCUAUGUUUAAAUACCUGGCUACCUUUCCUGUAAACAUUUUCUUCUUUAAGUAACUAUUGAAAACAAAUUCCACAGCAAAUUUAAAUACAGACAUUCCUCCCCUAAACACAAACCCUUUGUUUUUUUUAUUUGUACCGGGGGAUUCCAGAUGCGGCUGUGAACAGUUUUCCUUGGAGGGCCAAGCUACUCACUCGGAGGAAGCACAAGCACACCUGAAGGCACCGAGGAGCUCCAGCAUACUCCGAGGAGCCACCACAGUUGUCCAGAACCUGUAAAAUAACAGCUUUGCGCCUCACACCCCAAACAAGCAGGAAAGAACCCAAAAAGAUGCUGGCAAAUGUGACCUC